AUGACGAGUACUCAAAUUUUCUGGGCCCAUAUUUCUAGACUGGCGGAAAACGGGUGCUCAGAGAGAAGUUCUAAGAUUGAAAACGCCCACCAUGCCCUUUUUGAACGCCUCGUCAAUUGUCCUCCCAAACUUUCACCGGAAAUCGUCUGAAUUUAAUGGUUUUCUGCUCGCCUUGAAAGAGAAAAUAACCAAAAUCUCGAAGAUUUAUCUAAAACUCCAGAUUUGCCAAAGUUCUUCAGAAUUCUGUUUGAUGCGGUCGUGAACAUUGCUCUUCUUCAAGAGAUGAAGUCGGCCUUCGGAAAGAGGGAAGGAGAAUACUCGCGACUCGUCAGCAAGAGCAGCAACAAACUUCUAAAUUCACUCUGGGAAAAGGUCUUUCAAAAAAAUAGCGUUGAAUCGGCUGGUUCUUGAGAAGCGAAUUCCGGAAGACGGCUGGCCUGAGCCCACUCUGGAGCUCUUCCUUUCCUGGCUUGCCUGCCAUGACACAAACAACCGCGUCGACAUGGUUGGUUCAUGUUCACCUCUUCUAACAGAUUAAAAACAAUUGAAGGGAUAUCAAUCAAAAUUCAAAAUGUUUUAUUUCUCACACACAAGUACUAAAUUUCACAAAAUAGAUGUAGGGAGAGUUUGGGAACAUAUGUGUCCGAACUUGUGGUGGUGGAGGGAAGAGGACUCGCGGUCGUGUUAGCCCCCCACUUGAGUAGAUUGGAAUAACCAUGAAGUUAUUCUUUAAAAUGUCGAUUAUGUAGCUUUCAUAUUUUUUGUUGGAUCAAGAGUGUUUAGUUCUGUAAUUUUGUUUUCAAACCAUUUCUCAAGUUUAGAUCUGAACUUAAUUUUUUCAUACUCAAAUACUAUGGUUCUAUCCAUGUGAUUCCAAUGAUUGUAAACUCUUUGAUUGAUGAACCGGUAGUGUAUGUCAGAAAGUAGAGGCCGCUCUAUUUUGAGACCAUUUCCUCGCAGUUGAUUCGAUCUACUUGUUGUAUUUUGUAAAGGGAUUUACAGUUCAGAUAUCAGGUUUUUUUCCUUUCUGUUCAUUGGUUUAUCAAGGAAUUACUGAAACUAAAAAAGAGACGUCGAGUUCCUUCUAACGAGUAGUUUGAAGGGAAUUCUUGGAAGAUGCGUAGAAUCUUCAAUAGUAGUUAUUAUUGUUUUAAUUAUUAUUUUUGUAUUAUGAUGCCACAAUGAAAUUUUAGCUUAAUCGAGAUCAAAAAACUUAACCUAGUGUUCAUAGUUUCAGAUGUAAGUAAACCGGACAGGAAACUGAUCAGAAUCUCUUUCAACAUUUUCCAGGUUUCCAUCGGAGCUGGAGAACGAGAAGGUCGCGUCGUCGCCCCCAUCGUGCGACGUCUCCAUUGCAAGUUGUUUCGAUUACCACUGAAAUUUGACAAGAUGACGUUUGAGCAUGACCCACGGGGUCGGCAGGAGCGGCUCCUUGCUGGAGGUGCAGCCAAAGGCUCUCGGCUCCUCGAUGCUCGCCUGUCUAGCCAACGAGUUCGCCCUGAACGCGAUGCAGCUCCUCGGCACGACUUCUUUCCUUUUCGAAAUGUCGUCUCGGUUUCAGGACUGACGACGUGCAAGGCGUGCUUGGUGGUGCCGAUGUGCACCGGAAUGUCUCUUUCUCUGUGCAUGACGUCAUUCAGGAAGACAAGACCUCGCGCCAAGUACGUCAUCUGGACUCGCAUCGAUCAAAAAUCGUCUCUCAAAAGCAUCUUUCAUGCAGGUAUUAUAAGUUUGGUACAUUCCCUCAAAAAACAGCUUUGUAAACUUUAUAAUAGUUGCUCGGCUCCACGAACUUCAGAUAAAAAUAUGAACCAAUUCUCCAUUUUCCUACAUCAGUAGCUUCUCUCGAUGUGUUUGUAUCUCUUUCUCAAAUCAAAUCAUUUAUUUUGUGGUUUUAGUCUGAUGUAAUCGACUAGGCGGUGAACAAGAACUUUAAAAGCUCUAACGAACAACCGCCUUUGGCGAAAUAGAAGACGAGCUCAGAAUGUUCAGGUUUUGAGCCUAUCAUAGUGGAACCUGUGCGAGAAAGAGACGCAUUGGUGACAAACGUUGAACACAUCAACAGACUGAUUGAGCAACGCGGAAGCGAAGUCUUUUCCGGAGCCCUGCCAGACAUCAACGGCCUGUUCAGAUUUUGUGCGUGUUGUCGACGACGUCGUGCUUCGCUCCUCGCGCUCCGGACAACGUCGAAGCGAUCGCCGCCAUCUGUCGUCUCCACGACGUCCCUCAUCUCAUCAACAACGCCUAUGGCCUUCAAAGCGAAGAAAUUGUUCGCAAAAUCGUCGCGGUAUGCUCGCCAAUCUAUCGGAAGGAUGCCGCGUCUUUCAGGCAAACGAGACUGGUCGCAUCGACGCUUUCGUGCAGUCUUUGGACAAAAAUUUUCAGGUUCUCAUAUUUUUGGGCUUUCCCCUUUUCAAGUAGUAAUAAGCGUUUUGAGAAUUAUUCUUGACCUCAACAAAUAAAAAUGAUUGAACUAGAUUCCUGUGGGCGGUGCCAUUGUUGGGACAUUCAAACAGAGCGCGAUUCUACCCAUAGCGCAGGCCUACCCAGGUUGAAGUCCUACUUUUUCGUUCUUCUCACCCAAAGAUCUCAGGAAGAGCUUCGGGGAUUCCGUCGCGUGAUCUGGUACUAACUCUUUUACAUCAAGGACGCAGGAAGUUCGUGGAAUCUUUCGACCGCCAGAGAAUGUCGGUCUUGCUCCUUUUCGGGAAUGUUUUUGAAUUUUUCUUAGGUUGUUCGUCAAAAUGCGAAGAAAACUAGUAUCGUUUGCCGAAGACAUUGGCGAAUGUGUCUACGAUGUUGAAGAGAACGAAAUUAGCCUGGGUACCUUAAGAUGAUUGAGACCCCAUUGAAAAGUGGUUCAGCCAUGACACUUUCAACGAUACCUCUGGAAAAGCAAACACUUUUCGGUUCGAUUCUGUUUAGUCGAGGGAUUUCCGGCGCGAGGUGAGUUCUCACAUUAACUGCUGGGAUAGUCAACGAACAACAGGGUGUUGACUUCGAGUCAUGACGUCAAGAACGUCGAGGGCUGCGAGUUGAUCAACUUCGGCUCGCACUGCAGCGAGCAGCAUGGCGGCUACCUCAACGUCGCCUGUGCCGUAGGUGGGUCCAGGAAGAUCUAGAACUGUCUGAGACGUUUGAAAAAACAAUUUUUAGGAAAUUAUCUGUUUCCUCUUACGAACGUGAUAAUGCGAGUGUCUGUAAUCUGUCAUCGUUGUUCUUCUGUUUUUGGAAACUCUUAUCGUAUUUUGGGGGAGAAAAAAAGAGUGAUAACCAAAAGUUGCCUAGUUUUCGAAUUUUCAUAUUUAUAAUCCGCUCAAUUUUUUUUGGAAACUCGGAAAUCUCAAGAAAAAAAUUUAAAAAAACCCAAAAAAAGACUUCAAGAAACGAAUUUUUAAUAUUUUUUUAUAUUAAGCUUGCCAAGUUGCUUUCUUGAGUAUAUUCGAAAUUGCUCGGGACAAAUACUUAUUUUUCUGAGAUGUUCAUGAUAUAUAUUCUCGAAAGCAACUUCCCGCCUCUCAAAAAAAUUGAAGUGUCAUUGAAGUUUGCGGGACAACUGAAGUGAUAAUGUGAAAAUACAAGAUAAUUGAAAAAAAAGCCAACGGAACUUUUUGUGACAAAUUAGCGACGAAUGAUAUUUUUUUCCCGAAAAAAUUUAGGAAAAAUUCUGAUUACACAUAGGCAGACCUGUUCAAUGAAUACCUACCUGACGUUGAAACGAUUCUUUCGCGUUAUUUUCCAAAUAUUUGUAAGUCGACUUCCAGGUUUUAUUUAGUUCUUUUUGGCACACGUUUCUGAUCUGGUCGCCGCGCAAUAACGCAUCGUAUACUUUACGGGUUUUCUCUAAAUAUGAUGUACAAAAUUCUUUCAAGUUUGAAAACAAAUUUUUCUGAUCCAAAUUAAUCAAAUAUUCUACAUCAAUAAAUUUUGAAUCUCCGACAUUUCAGGAAUGACCGAGUAUGAGGUUGACGAGUUUUUCGUCCGAUUAGCUUCGGUCUAUGCAAAGUUCACCAGGGACAUGGGCCAGUGGAUGUCGGAAAAGUCGAUUUUUCAACCUGAUGGUUACGGCGAAGAAGACGACUAA